UUUCUUAGCUUCCCGGCCUCUGACUCCUCUCCCCUCCCUGGGUUAGGAACCUCCUCCCCGGUGUCACAAGCUGAGGAGGGGCCUGCGGCUCUCCGCCCUCUAUGCUCCCAUCGGCCACACUCCGGACCGGGCGCUGGACAUGGGGCGAUCGGAGAUGGACUUCACCGGGUAACUGCAGCCUUUGGGGCGGGCUGAGGAGCAGCCGAUCCUGCUGCUAGCGGCCGUAGUUUCCAGACUCUUUUUUUAUUUUGUUAAAUUGGUGCUGGUAUGGCCAUGGUGUCUGGGGGCUGGGGAGACCCCAACGGAGACACUAAUGGUGUGGGGAAGGGAUACCCCAGGAAUUCUGAGGAAGAAGAGGCCUCGCCUCAGGGAGGAAUGAGUGACCCCGAGCAGGGUGAUGAAGAACGCCCAGGGAUCCAAGUGGACUGUGUGGUGUGUGGAGAUAAAUCUAGCGGAAAGCAUUAUGGGGUUUUCACCUGUGAGGGAUGCAAAAGUUUCUUUAAAAGGAGUGUCCGCAGGAAUCUCAGUUACACUUGUAGGUCAAACCGAGAUUGUCAGAUUGAUCAGCAUCAUCGAAACCAGUGUCAGUACUGCCGACUGAAGAAGUGCUUCCGAGUUGGCAUGCGGAAAGAAGCUGUCCAGCGAGGUAGAAUCCCACCUGCCCACUCUAGUGCCAGUCCCACUUCUGCUCCGGGAGCAGGCGAGUACUUCAAUGGACAGCCCGUCUCUGAACUGAUCUCCCAGCUCCUGAGAGCUGAGCCAUAUCCAGCUUCCCGCUAUGGGUCCCAGUACGCUCAACAGGGUAGUGUGAUGGGCAUUGAUAAUAUCUGUGAGUUGGCGGCACGGCUUCUCUUUAGCACUGUUGAAUGGUCAAGGAACAUCCCCUAUUUCCCAGAACUUGCUAUGGCUGAUCAGGUCUCAUUGCUUCGACUGAGCUGGAGUGAACUCUUUGUACUUAGUGCUGCUCAGUCUGCCCUUCCACUCCACAUGGCUCCCCUUUUGGCUGCUGCUGGAUUCCAUGCUUCUCCAAUGUCUGCUGACCGAGUCGUCUCAUUUAUGGAUCAGAUUCGUCUCUUCCAGGACCAGGUUGAGAAGCUUAACCGCCUGCAGGUGGACUCGGCUGAAUAUGCUUGUUUAAAAGCUAUUGCACUCUUCACUUCAGAUGCCUGUGGCCUCACAGAUCCAGCUCACGUGGAAAGCUUACAAGAAAAAGCCCAGGUAGCCCUCACAGAAUAUGUCCGAGCCCAGUAUCCCUCUCAGCCCCAGCGCUUUGGGCGUCUCCUCUUACGACUGCCUGCACUUCGAGCUGUUCCUGCAUCACUCAUAUCCCAGCUCUUCUUCAUGAGGCUUGUCGGCAAGACCCCUAUAGAAACACUUAUUAGGGACAUGCUUCUGUCUGGGAGUAGUUUUAAUUGGCCAUACUCAUCUGGUCAAUAGCACCACCAGAUGCUUGAGUGCAAUAAUAUUGACUUGGGCCACACCAUGGAUACUUAGUCUGGUGGUAGGCCUUUGCCUAUUUCUGGAGAUCAGGCUCAACCUCUUUUGCAAGUCACAAGGGCACUUCCAAAUUUUAUGAUGAGAUGUCUACAGACCCAUGAAUUUUCUCUCUGCUGAUAAUUUGCUUGGGUUACAUCAGGGCUAAAAAAAACUUUCUGGCAGAAUACCGCCUACAUUUUCUCAUUUCCUGUAUAGAUAAAUAGUAACCCUUAAUUUUGCUGAGUACUGUAGGAUAUUUUAGAUGUUCUAAAGGUGCCCUAAAAUAUGCUUUAAUCAGCAAGAGUUCCAGAUCACCCCAGGAACUCUGUAUAAACCCAUAAGAAUUUGUAUGCCUCUGACAGUACAGCUUAGUCCACACCUUGUCUACCUCUUGAUCGAACACUAAUUUCCCAGUCAACUGAAGUCAACUGUUUUGUUCUUCUGAAUUCAGCUUCCAGGAAUUUUACACAAUGGAGAGAUGCAGAAGUGUUGAUAUUAAACAUAUUUUAUGGUCACUGAACUCUGUUAAGUCCCGUGUCAGAGAAGUCAAUUUAAAAUCUUCUGGUGUUGAAAGGACUAAAAUAAAAGCUGUUUAUCAGGGGCAUGAUCGUCUUGUAAUAUUACGAAAUCAACUGCCAAUUUUUUAAAAAAAAAUACACAUCUUCCCAUCCAUUUUUUAAUUUGCCCUGAUGUACAGGUCUUUUAAAGGUUUGAAACACUGAAAUAAUACUUAUAGAUUUUAUCUUUUUAUCUUUACUCUGAAAUCAUUUAUUCUGAAAUAUUUUUCUUUUCCUAGCUCUAACCAAAUUGUCUUCUUAACACUUUUUUUGAUACCUGUUAGUGCAAUGUAAGUCACUGUCCUUAUUUACUCUGCAUUUUCUCAGUGUGGGAAAAAAAAUUUCAAUGUUGUCUUCUUUUUUUUCCAAAGAAAAAAAAAAACAUUGAAGGCUCUCAAAUUCCUUCAUAUGAAGCCUUUUUUAUAACUGUAGUAAUAAAUCUUUGGGAGCAAAUCAACCAUGUAAGUUGGAAUUGAAACAGUGCUUGUUGUGCAGUAGAUGGUGCAUUACACGGGUGAGUGCAGGGUCAGCUUUUCUCUAACGGCUAAGAUAAAGGUUUGUCUGGCCUUGCAUCAACACCUCAGAAAAAUCUUUUGCUAUAGUUAACUUGACCACUCUGCAGAUUAUUGAUUAUUCUUUAUGGCCUAUAGUUCUUAUUGCAAUUUUGAGUAUCCUAUUGUAACUGUCUGAUUUCAGUCAGAAAAGAAGUGUAAAAUAAUAUAGGGGGUUGGACAAUAUUGCUGAGUUUCUAACACCCCUUUAAAAGAUAAUAGUGAGAGGCUAGCUGUGGCUAUAAUGGUACUUAAAAUGCAUCACUAUGUGUAUACACUAAUUUGUUGCUCUUUUUUAUCUGUGUUAAUUAAUUAUUUUUAAGAAACUUUAUUUCUUUAGUUUCAGAUGUGUGUGAUUUUUUUGUUUUUUUUAAUACUGAAACAAGGUUUGAGGUCUUGUAAGGCCCUUAGCUUAAAAGGGAUUCUGUCACGUUAAAAUGUUUUUUUUUCAAAAUGCAUCUAUUGAUAGAUCUUUUCCUGCACUAAAAUACAAUUUACAAAAGGGCAAAUAGAUUUUUUUAGUUAAUUUUGAACUUUAACAUGAGACAAGCAAAUACCUUACUUUCCCAAGUACCCACAGCCAUGUGACUUUAGUCUCUCUUUACACCUGCACUGCAACCUUUGCUAAGGGCAGUGGCACAUGGGGAGAUUAGUUGCCCGCAAUAAAUCUUCACUAUUGCGGGCAACUAAACUCCCCGACAUGCCAUCCCACCGACAAGAAUGUAAAUCGUCGGUCAGACGGCAUACGCAUCGCUUCGGUUUUCCGAAGUUUCCUUGCGAGAGAUGGCAUGUUGGGGAGAUUAGUAGGCCGCAAUAGUGAAGAUUUAUCGCAGACAACUAAUUUCCCCAUGUGCCACUGCACUAUAUGAUUCAGAUGCCUGAACUAAUAGUUCCUCCAUGUUUCUAUGUUGCUGGUUUUGCUCUGUUUUGGGCUAAUAGCACUGCUGCUGACAUACUGUAUUUUAUUAAGUGGGAAAAAAUGGACAAACCUGCCUAUACUGCCUCCCAUUACUUUAGGGUGGCUUCAGGCAUUUUUCUGCCAGCUAAAAAACACUGUGGAAAAACUGCCCUAUGUUCCAUUAGCCUAAAUUAGCUUAUACAGUAAAAGAUAUAUAGAAAUAUAUACACAGAAUGCACGUGUAAAUAAUGGUAGAUUGACUUCCAUGAACAAUAACUCCAGAUCCUAAAUACAUUAUAGAUUGAGGGGCAGAUGUAGUGGCAGCAAAAAUAUAAUAAAUACAGUUAGAGGCAGUGGGAACUUUUAGCCCCCCAAAGCAUUAAAUACAGUGAGAAGCAAUGAGAACUUUAGCCCAAAUACUUAAGAGUUGAGAGGUAAUGAUUUCUAAUUUCCCAGACCCCUAUACCUUUCCAAAAGGCAGGUUACCUGAAGGCUGGUGAAGAUUUUAGCAUUAUAUAAAUCAGAAUGAAUUUAGAAAUUGUUUGCAUUGUUUAAUAUGCUCCCAUACCUAGUGGUAGAUAUGAGAACAGCACCCAAGCAGGAUAAAUUAUUGAAAAAGCCAAGUCCCAGUGCAACUUGGGAAAGAACACUGAGUAGGACCAAUAGUUUAUCUCAAAGCAGUUCUGUUGUGUAGUGCUGUCUCUUUCUGAAAGCUCAGAGUCAGGCAAAAUGCACUGAGAUGGCUGCCUACACACCAAUAUUACAACUAAAAAAAUACAUUUGUUGGUUCAAGAAUAACAUUUUAAAUGGUAGAGUGAAUUAUUUGCAAUGUGUAAUCUGUUCAUAUUAGUAAUAAACACUACACCAUCAAAAUCAUGACAGAAUCCCUUUAAUGUGCCAGGAGGUCAUUGCAGGGACCCCAAGCAUUAAAACUGAUCACAUAUGAAAUACUUGCAUUUUACUGAGAACACCACCACCACUUCAUGUUUGUAUGAGUUGCAGCUGCGAGGAGCACAGUAUGUCUGUAUGUAUAGGGAUUGUUUACGUGUAUGACUAGUUGGAUAUUCAUUUGUUUAGAGUUCUUUAUAAAACACUUAUGUACAUAACUAUUUUUGGUUUUGGUUUAAAGACUCCAAAACACCGUAUGACAGUUUCUACUGUGUUUAUGCCACAUUACAUCUACCUGUCUCUGUGGUGCCCAAAGCAAUGCUUCAUUAAUGACUUGUUGCCCACAUUUUGGUGCUGAGUAUUUCAAGAGGGGUAUGAAACAGACAUCUAUAUAUUCACAGCAGAACACACUGCUAGGCAUGUAAAAACAAUGUUAUAUAAUGGAGCUUUUUAAAUUAAUGAAUAGCCAGUUAUUCUGCACAGAAAUAUCUCUCUUAAUAUGGCUCAGCAAAUUCUCUCUCCCUCUUUCUCUAUAUAUAUAUAUUUAGAAGGCUGUUUUGUUUUCUGUUUGUUUCUACUCUUGUAAAAUUGUAUGUUUAAAUAUUCUGCUAAUGCCAAAAACGGGUGGAAGGGAAAAUUGCCAAAGAAGGAUGUAGAAAUAAAACAAAAAUACACCGGAAAAAA